CUGGCAACACAGAUAAUUCCUGUCUGUGAGCCUGUAGCGUUCUAUUUCUUUGUCAAAUUUUCGAAUAAUUUUCUGUAAAAGCGCAUUGUUUUGCUGCUAAUUAUCAAAAAUGAACGGUUUAGUAAAAACCGCGCACAGAGUUAUACAAAGUUGCGUCAAGCAUACCGGUCUGACCGGGGCUUUAGUAUCGCGUUCUCAGACCCCAGUGAAACGUGAUUUCACGCGAGGAAUAUGGCACAUGAGCUGUUCAAAGAGGCUAGAUGGGCCGCCAGCUGCCUCCAGCUUGCUCCACAACCAUUCCAACACAUGCAGCUGCGGCUGCGGCUUGAAGGCGCUCCACACAAAAGGUGAGAGGGAAUUAGUGGAGUUCCUCACCGAGGAGAUUGUGGCAGAGCGAAAGGCACAGAAGACAAAGGCCCUGCCCGCCGAGGUGGAGGGCUUUGCAGUGAAGGGAGACGGAGCAGAAGUAGUCCUCACCAAGAAACUGCAAGAUGAAUUAGUACGAAUAACAUUCAACGUGAACCACACGGUGGACUCCGACGACUUCGAGGGAGACGCCCAGCCGGAGAAGCAGGAGUUCGCCGAGAUGCGCUCCAAGCCGCAGUUCGAGGUGGACCUGGUCCGCGGGGACACAACGCUCGGCUUCACGUGCUCCUUCCUGCAAGAGCCCCCGCCGACUGCUGGCGAUGAGUACAACGACAUCUUCGGGAUCGAUGAGGUGACCAUCUACAAGGGCGAGUGGAACGACAAAGUCUACGCAGUCGCGGGAGAUGUUCUCGAUGGGUAUCUAUACGACCUUCUGAUGAACCUGCUCGAGGAGAAAGGCGUCAGCAACGAGUUCGUGCAGAAGCUCUCCGACUUCAGCACCGCCUACGAACACGCCGCCUACAUCAACCUCCUCGAGACCAUCUCCAAAUUCACCAUCGGGAAACAAUAAACCAUCAGUCCAUAUAGAUAGCUGGUGGCAUUAUGACCUCUUUUUAAGCAGUAAAUGUUUUAGUUUACGGCUCAGCGAUAAGCGAUAGAUCACAGUGACGUUGUCUAUGGUUCUAUAGUUUAAAAAAAGCAUGCUGCUUAUCGCUGCCAAUAAGAGGUCAUAAUAAUCCAUUAGUACUCUAGCUGUUGGCUCUUGAAUAGUGAUAGACAGGACGCGUAGACAGAUUGGUAAACAUUACAGACCCAACUGCUAAAUUGUGCUCUAUUCAAAUUUCAUUAUACUGCAGGCUCAGUACUAUGUUACAUCUUGAUUUUUAUUUUCAAGGUUUGUUAAAAUUGCACACAAAUUAUUACGAUUAUUCUGUUAAAUAAUUUUCCAAUUAUUUUCAUUGAGUUACUUAUUUAUUUGUACCUAUGUAAUUUGACAGUUAUUAUAACAUUUUCGCUUAUCGAAAUAUUAUCAUUGCCUAAAAAGUCAUUAUCUGAAAAAACUUGACCACAAUAUUGUGUUACUCUGGCGACAGACGUUGGAAGGAAAGGCAUUUAUUUCCUGUAGGACAGCUUUAAAGGUGUUAGUUUAGUUAGUGGACACGUAUGUGUUAUUUGUUCAACAAUUUUAGUGUUAAAUAAUAU